CUUUUUGAAAGGGGGUGUAGUCCUUGACGUUCGCUGGAAAUGGAGACCAUGAGGCUGCACUUUGAAUGGUGAAGCGCAGGUUGCCCUGGCUGGAACUGGACAAUGCGUGCCCCACUGCGCCCGAGGAGUGGCUGCCUGCUGCUGUGUCUGUCUCUGUCGCUGCUCACUCUGCUGCUGCAGAGCCUGUGGGUCCCUCCAGAGACCGCCAGGGAGGAGCUCCCAGGAGGGAGGGGUCCUGCUGACCAGGAGGGCCCUCGUCACAGCGUGCGGAGACUGGCCCUGCGUCUGGACGCCCUGAGCUCCCAGAUCCAGAGGCUGACCAGAGAGAAAGACAGCCCACCGCCCGCACAGCCUGACCUCACACACGUCCUGCAGAGCUUCAGGCGAGACAACAAAAAUCUGGUGCGCUCCAUGGAAAAGGAGCUUCUGCGCAUGUCCUGGAAGUUAGACCAGCUUCUCCAGAGGACCCCUGCUCCUCUGCCCCAAGUUCAAGCCCCUCAAAGAGGUCUCCCUCAGAUGUGUGAAGUGCCAGACGACCCUCACUUCCCUCUGUGUGCUGGGAAAGUGGAGUUCCUUAGGGCCAGCUGGCGCUCUGACCCCUGCUAUGCCUUCUAUGGGGUGGAUGGCUCCACCUGCUCCUUCCUGGCCUACCUGAGUGAGAGAGAGGAUUUCUGCCCUGCACUGCCUGGCAGGAACCGUACCACACUAUCCUGGCACCAGCAACCGAGGGCUGACAAAGAUGAGGCAGUGAUCCAGACAGACCUGAGGCCCUUGUAUGAGUUGAUGGGUAGUGGCCAGGGUCCUGCAGUGAGGUUCAUGCGCUCCAGGAUAGAAAGGCUGGCAGCCAGGUGGACAGAGGCUGGAGAGAAGCUGAAGCAGAAAAUCACUCUCAGGGCUUCACAACGUCUGAGGGUGCUGCUGUACCCAGGAAUUCUGGCGGGGGGUGGGGGCCAGCAUUUUGGGGAGAUGGUGGAACGUGGUGGUCCUCUGGGUGAGCUGGUUCAGUGGGCAGACAUGAGCGCUUCCCUCUUCAUCCUGGGGCACAACCUGACCUUCACCAUAUCCCAGUCCCACCUGCUCAGUCUGAUAGGGGCUGCACCCGGCAGAGGGAGCUGUCCGAUUCAGAGGCCCCUGCCCUUUGACCUCCUCUACACUGACUACCACGGCUUGGCUCAUCUUCAGGGAGUCAUGGGGCUAUCUUUCCAACACUACCAAUGCCGCUUCAGAAUUCUGGACUCAUUUGGCACAGAGCCUGCUUUCAAUGUCAGGGAGUAUGCACGUCGCCGUGGCUACAGUACAGUGUGGGGAAGCUGGAGUUUGCAGCCACUGCAGUACAUGACUAUGUUCCCCCACACCCCUGAUAACUCCUUCAUGGGUUUUGUGAGUGAGGAUGCAGGACAUGGACGUGAAACACACACCAAGGCACAAAGGAAGGAAGACAUUGCUGUGGUCUAUGGCAAGCUGGACUACAUGUGGCAAGGGAAAACAGGCUACCUGGAGGCCAUCAGUAGACAGCUGGAAAUCCACGCCACUGUCUACCAGUCACCUGGCCGUCCCUCUCUGCUGCCCGAAUUUGUCACCAACCAUGGGCUGCUCUCCCAGGACCAGCUCGUGCUGCUGCUCAGGAGAGCCAAGCUGUUUGUUGGCCUUGGAUUUCCGUACGAGGGACCUGCACCCCUGGAAGCCAUUGCGCUGGGGUGCACAUUCCUCCAGCCGCGAUUUCGGCCUCCGCACUCCUCCGACAACAGCGAAUUCUACAAGGGGAAGCCCACGACGAGACAGAUCCACUCCCAGCACCCCUACGCUGAGGACUUCAUUGGCAAACCCUAUGUGUGGACUGUGGACAUGGACAACACCACUGAGGUUGGGGAGGCAGUGAGAGCUAUCCUGAGCAUGGAGGUGAAGCCCUUUAUUCCCCAUGAGUUCACCUGCGAGGGGAUGCUGGAAAGAGUCUAUGCCUACGUCACUUACCAGGAAUUCUGCAGUGCCUCCCUCCCCACCUGGCCACCAGAGGGCGCUCUCGUCGCCCAGCUGGGCCCACUGGGGCUGUCGUGUGUGGCAGUGUGCCGACAGGCAUCACUGGUGUGUGAGCCAGCCCUGUUUCACCACCUUAACCACCCUACUGCCUUCAAGAGACUGGGCCUGAUAUGUGCCAGCACCGAGCAGGAAGUGGACCAUCUGUUCCCAGCCUACAGCCCCUGGGGUCGCCGCUGCUCCCUGCAGGAGGACAGGCUGCUGUACAGCUGCGCAGGCGCCCACCCCUCCUACCGCAGGCUGUGUCCCUGCAGAGCCUACCAGCCCGGGCAGGUGGCGCUGUGCCCCCGCUGCCUGUAGAGGGCAGAGCUACGC